AUGGCAAAGAGUAUCAUGAGUGCUGUGUUGGAGACGAACAACCAGUUCUCUAGCGUCUUAUCAGUCGCCCAAGAUCCUGAGCCUCAUCCACUGAACCAAUAUCUUCGAGUGCGCCUGGCGGAUGAAGAAUUCACAUUUGGACGUUGGGCUAAACGGUUUAACGCGCACAAAAUUAACCGCAACUCCCUCGACUACCGGCUGCGAGACGCGUCGAAGAUCAAAGAUCAGACUCUGACGUUUGUGAACGACUACCUUCAGACCCUUAGCAAUGUCUCCAAAUCUGUUAAAGAUCUGCAGACGGCACUGAGUUCGCCUGAUGGCCACAUGUUGAAUAGCUUGACUCAAGGGAAUAUCAAGGUCUAUUUAGAAGCGAACCCUGACGACGUCCCUCCCCUCCUCGCAGAGUUAGCCAGAAUCGUGAGCGAGGUUAGCAAAAGACGCUCUGCUCUGUGGAGUCUAGAAAAAUCUAUUCAAACCCCAGAUCCAUGGUACGCAUCCCUCAGCUCAGAGCUAAUAGAUACCUCUGCAUAUGAGGCAUUCGAUAUCCAGCACGUAAGCACCAAGUUCAAGGGAAUUGAAGACUACCUUGCCCAACGGCUAGGAAAAGCACUUUCAAGGAGGCGUCAGUAUUUCAAGUACAGGAAGGUUCUUCACGAAAGGCUUUCGCAACCUGUAGACGACCAGGCGUACAACAUAACGAACAUUCAGCAGGAUACGAUGGCAUCUUCCAUCUCUGAUCGCCCGCAAAAAGUCUCAGAGAGCACCAUCUGCUAUGAUUUAUCAGUUUUCUCCUCAGACGAAUUCGUCCCGUGGGAAACAAGGGCAAACGACCCCACAUCAAGGCCGAUCCCAGACCUGCCAGAGGAAGCACUAGACGGGCCGUUCGAAUGCCAAUUUUGCUACAUGCGUGUUAGGACACGAGACUAUCACACAUGGAGGUACUUCAAGUAG